GAAACAAUUAUCACCUUGCCACCUGAGGUUUGGAGCAGCCCCCUCCCUUUCCGCACUCCGCUUCCUUUUGAAAUGUGGCUUAAAGUGGUACCGAGAAUUGCUCUGUGGGGGUGGAGGGGGGCAGGAGGAGAGAGAGAUCGCGCGCAAUAACAAAUCUGCUUUAAAGAGAGGAGAUGAAAAGGAGGUUACUGUGAGCGUGUCAGUUUAGGCAUCGCUCUAUGUACCUUUCUGCUCAUAGAGAAAUGGAACCGUAAUUCUAAGGUGGCUAACGCAAGAAUGGGUCAGCGUCCACGUUCGCCGUCCGCUUUUGCCUGGAAAGACAGAUUCCCGUUAUUUGAGGCGUCUCAGGGUCUUUUCCAAAAGAUUCCCAGGCUACCCUCCUUCCUCCUCAGUCUUCUGAAAACUAAAACUCGCAAAGCGGUGGCGUUCUGUGGAUUGGCUAGUACUAAAAUAUCCAUUGGGUGGCAGUAACACUAUCCUCUUUAUGACUUGCAGCAAACCGGAGAAUGCAUUCAAUCAAAUGAACCGAUCUUGUAGAAACACUGGAAUCAUUUAUGCAUUGCAGUUUCUCUUUCUUGUUUUCGCUCCUUCUUUCCUGGGAUAUUUUGAGUGGAUUGUGGCUAUUAAUCAAGAUUUCGUGCUAUUCGUGGUUUGCUUGUCGUUUUCGGUCAGGAUUAGCAUCAUUCAAGGCAAACGCAAAGCUGCUUUUUUUCCCCCACUCUUUUCUGAAAAAUCAUUUUUGGGGGCUGCUGAAGAGAGCUAGGACCCAGGAGACACCUUCCCAAACAGCAGGGGUUGUGUGCUUUCACACAGCAGUACUGUACAAGGAAAACCCCGUCGGAUCUGUUAUUGCGGGAUACUUGUGAAAUAUACAUAGGAUUCUUUCUUAUGGCUGCAUCCCGGAUCUGGAAAUUUUACUUGGAGACCAAGAGGAUCUGAAGGGCUACAUGCAUACAGAAGAUUUGCAAGCAAGACUCCGAUUCUUGUCAUAGAGCUCUCAGACUUCCUCACUUACCGGCCUUUUUUCCCCGUUCUCCUUUUUUUUUUUUUUUUUUAAUUAAAUUUCUUCCCUCUUUUCCUGGUCUCUCCUUUCUCAGUGUCUCCUUUUCUAUCUGCCUCUUCUUUUUUCUCCUAGUCGUCUUUUUCCCCCCUGCUCUGCACCUGGAUUGUAUCUUCACCAAACAAUCGGGCACUUUGAGAACUAACUGGAGGCAGUCUUGUAGGGAAGAGCUGUAUGGAAUUAUCUGCUUUUAUGGUGAACUUGGCAUUUGUGAAUGGGUAUCUUGUUCACAAUAUUAAUUGCUAGCAAAAGCAAGAAAAAGAACACAGGAGUAAAACGUGGAUUUUUCUGAAUACGCAUUGUGAUGACCAGCAAUUACCUUACCGACUGAUAUCCAGAGGAGAAUAAUUUGGAAGACUGUUGUGGGGAACAGCCUUUAAAAGCUGGAAGAUGAAAGCUCUGAUUCCACACUUGAUUCUCUUAUAUGCUACUUUUACUCAGAGUUUGAAGGUGGUGACCAAAAGAGGCUCUGCCGAUGGAUGCACUGAUUGGUCUGUCGAUAUCAAGAAAUAUCAAGUUUUGGUUGGAGAGCCUGUUCGAAUCAAAUGUGCCCUCUUUUACGGUUAUAUCAGAGCAAAUUACUCCCUGGCCCAAAGUGCUGGACUCAGUUUGAUGUGGUACAAAAGCUCUGGCCCUGGAGACUUUGAAGAGCCAAUAGCCUUUGAUGGAAGUAGAAUGAGCAAGGAAGAAGACUCCAUUUGGUUCCGGCCAACACUACUGCAGGACAGUGGUCUUUACGCCUGUGUCAUCAGAAACUCCACUUACUGUAUGAAGGUAUCCAUCUCACUGACAGUGGGCGAAAAUGACACUGGACUCUGCUACAAUUCCAAGAUGAAAUACUUUGAUAAAGCUGAACUUAGCAAAAGCAAGGAAAUUUCAUGCCGUGACAUAGAAGAUUUUUUACUACCAACCAGAGAACCUGAAAUCCUAUGGUAUAAGGAAUGCAGGACAAAAACAUGGAGGCCAAGUAUUGUGUUCAAAAGAGAUACACUGCUUAUAAGAGAAGUCAGGGAAGAUGACAUUGGAAAUUACACCUGUGAAUUAAAAUAUGGAGGCUUUGUCGUGAGAAGAACUACUGAAUUAACUGUUACAGCCCCUCUGACUGAUAAGCCACCCAAGCUUUUGUAUCCUGUGGAAAGUAAACUGACAAUUCAGGAGACUCAGCUGGGCGACUCAGCUAAUCUAACCUGCAGAGCUUUCUUUGGGUACAGUGGAGAUGUCAGUCCUUUAAUUUACUGGAUGAAAGGAGAGAAGUUUAUUGAAGAUCUGGAUGAAAAUCGAGUUUGGGAAAGUGACAUUAGAAUUCUCAAGGAGCAUCUCGGGGAACAGGAAGUUUCCAUCUCAUUAAUCGUGGACUCUGUAGAAGAAGGUGACUUGGGAAAUUACUCCUGUUACGUUGAAAAUGGAAACGGGCGUCGGCAUGCCAGUGUUCUCCUUCACAAACGGGAGUUGAUGUACACAGUUGAACUUGCUGGAGGGCUUGGUGCUAUCCUUUUGCUGCUUGUUUGUCUGGUGACCAUCUACAAGUGUUACAAGAUAGAAAUCAUGCUCUUCUACAGGAAUCAUUUUGGGGCCGAGGAGCUGGAUGGAGACAAUAAAGAUUAUGAUGCCUAUUUAUCAUACACCAAAGUGGAUCCUGACCAGUGGAAUCAAGAGACUGGAGAAGAAGAACGCUUUGCUCUUGAAAUCCUACCUGACAUGCUUGAAAAGCAUUACGGAUAUAAGUUGUUUAUACCAGACAGAGAUUUAAUCCCAACUGGAACCUACAUUGAAGACGUGGCGAGGUGUGUAGAUCAAAGCAAGAGGCUGAUUAUUGUCAUGACCCCAAACUACGUAGUCAGAAGGGGCUGGAGCAUCUUUGAGCUGGAGACCAGACUUCGAAACAUGCUGGUAACUGGAGAAAUCAAAGUGAUACUCAUCGAAUGCAGUGAACUACGAGGGAUUAUGAACUACCAGGAGGUGGAAGCCCUCAAGCACACCAUCAAGCUCCUGACGGUUAUUAAGUGGCACGGACCAAAAUGCAACAAGUUGAACUCUAAGUUCUGGAAACGUUUACAAUACGAAAUGCCUUUUAAGAGGAUAGAACCCAUUACACACGAGCAGGCUUUAGAUGUUAGCGAGCAGGGGCCUUUUGGGGAGCUGCAGACUGUCUCGGCCAUUUCCAUGGCCGCGGCCACCUCCACAGCUCUAGCCACUGCCCAUCCAGAUCUCCGUUCCACCUUUCACAACACGUACCAUUCACAAAUGCGUCAGAAACACUACUACCGAAGCUACGAGUAUGACGUACCUCCUACCGGCACCCUGCCUCUUACCUCCAUAGGAAAUCAGCAUACCUAUUGUAACAUCCCUAUGACACUCAUCAACGGGCAGCGGCCACAGACAAAAUCGAGCAGGGAGCAGAAUCCAGAUGAGGCCCACACAAACAGUGCCAUCCUGCCGCUGUUGCCAAGGGAGACCAGUAUAUCCAGUGUGAUUUGGUGACAGAAAAGCAAGGGACACCCCGUCCCUGGGAGCUUGAGUGGAGUCUGCAGUCCAGUGCCUGGAACUAAAUCCUCGACUGCUGCUGUUAAAAACAUGCAUUACAAUCUCUAGAACACGAGGAAAAACAGGGUCUUGUACAUAUGUUUUUGGCAAUUUCUUUGUAGCAUCAGUGUCUUCCUGUUUUACCAUGUCUCUUAUCAUUACAUUUUUUGACUUUGUUUUAUAUGUCAUUGGAAUUUGUAAAUUUACAUUUUUUUAAAGAAGAGACUUAUGUAUAGAUAGAAAACCCUUUUUUGCUUCAUUAGUUUAGUUUUAGAAUGGGUUUUAUUUUCUUUCCUUGCUUUUCUUUUGCUUUUAACAUUUCCUUGGGGUGCUUGGACAAAUCUAUCCGAUGGGACAAGGAGCACCGGAUCCUCUCUUGGGUUCUGCCUGGGAUCAGCAGGGCCGUGUGGGCCUCCGGAGAGCCGUGCAACGAAUGCGGGCCUUGCCAUUUGGGGAAAAAAAAAAAAAAAAAAAGAUAAGAAGAACACUCGUUCACAGGAGGGCCCCGCCGAUCAGAGCCCUGAAUCUCUUCCUUGUCCCACCUCAUUCCCCACCUCUACCCUUCUAAUGGCGGCAUGAUGUGUAAACUCUGAGGAGGGGUGGGGGUGGGUCUAACUGUCUUAACGUUUAAUUCACUGCUCGUCAGAAUACACUCCAGACCCAGAAGUGUGCUAGUCACUUGACAGUGACCACCACAGAGCGCUCAGAAGAGAAGAUCAAGGGCAUGAAAAUGGGGGAGAGAGUGUUGUUUCUGUUUUUAAAUGAGUUGAUGUACCCUUAUAUAAAUAUAUAUAUAUAUAUAAAACACACACACAACAAAACAAAAGAAACAAAAAACAAAAAAACACACAAAAAAACAAAAAAAAAAAAACAAAAAAAAAUCAAGCCCUAUAUUUGAUCACUUCCUGGAAAGGCAUGAAUGUGUUUGUGGCUGUUUUUGUUUAAUAUUCUACUUCCUCUUUUCCCUCUAUAAUUUUUCUGCAAAUGAGAUUAUGUGCAAAUGCCAGGCAAGUUAACUCAAAAGGGUGAAUCAACACCAGUCGAAAUGAAAUUUACAUUGAAGGCUUCCAAACCAAAGGGAAGGACAGGAUGUGUCAUCAAAUAUGUUUUGUCACCUUGUAUGAUACAAAAUGUUAUUUUCUAAAGAGUCAGAACAGAUCUGUGAAACUUAUUAUGGGGUCCCCUUGUAUUUAAAUGUUAAUUCACUGUAUUUAAUUUUUAAUGCUACAUUCAGAAUCAAGUGUUCGGUUUCAGUUUGUGAACAUAAGCAACGCUUAUUACUAUCGAAGUGUUUAUAGAAGAACUCAGGAGGUCAAGCAUAUGAGUACCAACAGAAAUCGAUAUUUUCAAAAUAAACAUUAUUUACGCAAAAUAGUUUUUAAAUUAGAUGAGAAAGUGUUUAAAAUAAUUUUACUGUAUAAAUAAUUAGUUUUAUUUUAACUGUGUAAUUCUAUCUUUCAGAAACAGAAAGCUGAUGCUCCCAAGAAAUUCAUCCCUUACCGUUUAGCUUUAUGUUUGAAACCAAUGGCAUAAGCAGCUAAUACAAUAUUCAUGGUGAAGAUAAUGCAAAAUCAAUCAUCAAGGAACUUGCAGAGGGUGGAAUUGUUAAAGGGAAAUAUUACCUACGUAGCUUUUAGUUAACAAAAAAAAAAAAAUCGAUGUGCCGAAAACACGAAUAUAGAACUACGUUACUUUAGUGACUCCUUGUAGAAACCUCCAUUCCAGUCAUCGUCUGUGGGCUCGUGUAGUGACUAUCGUAUGUUCGGUUUAUUCCUACCACCAUAUAACGAGAAAACAAUUCUACAGUGUGGGUCGCAAUACUAAAGGUGUGAGUUGGCCACAAAAAAAAAAAAAAGGAAAAGAAAAA